UUAAGGCUGUAGGAAGGGAAAAGUGGUCUGCUGUGAUUUGUGUUCGGCUUGGUACUGAUAGGAGAGGGACCUCUUGAUGAUGUUACAAUAAACCAAACCUUUACCUGAGCACAUAGAGUCUUGUGUCUAACUUGUAGAUAUGAUGAGCUGUGUGCAACUUGUGAUCUUGUCCAUCCUUGCAACUCUGCAAACGUCACUGGUACUGGCACAACAACAGGAAGUUGUUGCAGGUAUGUGUACACAUGACGGACAGGAGUAUGCUGACCGAGAUGUCUGGAAACCUGAAGUCUGCCAGAUUUGUGUGUGUGACUCUGGGUCAGUCCUGUGUGAUGAUAUAAUCUGUGAUGAUGAAGUGAGCGAUUGUCCCAACCCUGAAAUCCCCUUUGGAGAAUGUUGUCCAAUUUGUCCUACACCCCCGACCCCAACUGAACCGAAGCCUCCACCAAAUGGCGGGCCUGGUGGAAAGGGAGAAAAGGGAGACCGGGGCUUACCUGGCAUUCCUGGACAGAAUGGUCAGCCAGGACUUCCUGGUCCUCCUGGAUCACCUGGAGUUUGUCCAGAUUGCAGGGAGUUCAGCGGCGCUGGGGGGGGGCAGACCUACCGUCCAGCGUAUGAUGUUAAAUCUGAUGGAAAAUCUGGUGGUGGUGCUAUUUAUGGCCAAAUGGGCCAACCUGGUCCCCCAGGUCCACCUGGCCAAGCUGGAAAACCUGGUGCCCCUGGUUCUCAUGGGUAUCAAGGACCUCCUGGUGAGGCUGGACAGCAAGGACCGAGUGGACCACCUGGUCCUCCAGGACCCGCAGGCUCAAUGGGCCCUUCUGGAAAAGAUGGUGAAUCUGGAAGGCCUGGCAGACAUGGUGAUCGGGGACUCCCAGGAUUGCCGGGUAUAAAGGGACCAAACGGAAUGCCUGGCUUCCCUGGCAUGAAGGGUCACAGAGGCUUUGAUGGACGUGACGGGAGUAAAGGUGAUGCUGGUGCUCCUGGAGCAAAGGGGGAAGCUGGCAUCCCAGGGGAUAAUGGGCAACCAGGACUAGCGGGUCAACGAGGAUUACCUGGAGAGAGGGGACGCAAUGGACUUCCAGGACCUGCAGGUUCACGUGGAAAUGAUGGAGCUCCUGGAUCUCCUGGAUCACCUGGUAACCCUGGUCCCCCUGGGACUGCUGGAUUCCCUGGUGGGCCCGGUCCUAAGGGUGAAAGUGGCUCCCCUGGUACUCGUGGCAAUGACGGUACUCCUGGAGCAAGAGGCGAGCCUGGGCCACAAGGCUAUUCUGGUGCUGCAGGGUCUCCUGGGAUUCCUGGCAAGGAUGGCUCAGCUGGACCAAAAGGCGGAAUUGGUCCAGCUGGUAUGCCUGGAGCUCCUGGGAUGCCGGGAGGAUCUGGCCAACCUGGUCCACCUGGCUCAAAUGGCACACCUGGACUAAAAGGAGCCGCGGGUGAACCUGGCAAAGCUGGUGGAAAAGGAGAAACAGGUCCUAAGGGAGAAGCGGGUAUUGCUGGUGCUCCAGGUCCUGCUGGACCAUCUGGAUUAGAUGGCUCGAAAGGUCAACCUGGUGAGCCAGGUGCAAAUGGCCUUCCUGGUUCUCCUGGAGAGAGAGGUAAUCCUGGUUUCCGUGGCCCAGCUGGAGGCAAUGGUCUUCCUGGCGAUAAGGGUCCUGUAGGAGAGCGUGGUCCAUCAGGGCCUGCUGGCCAGAGGGGAAGCCCUGGUGAACCUGGAAGUAAUGGCAGCCCUGGCCCUUCCGGAAUGAGAGGGUUGACAGGAAGUCCUGGUAGUCCUGGUUCUAAAGGCAAUCCUGGCCCACAGGGUCCUUCUGGCGAAUCUGGGCGAAGUGGUCCCCCUGGCAACACAGGACCUAGAGGUUCACCUGGUGUGAUGGGCUUCCCUGGUCCUAAGGGUAAUGAAGGUGCUCCUGGUAAGAAUGGUGACAGAGGCCCCCCAGGCGGACGUGGACCAGCAGGUGAAAAUGGAAAAAAUGGUGAAUCUGGUCCCCAAGGUCCACCUGGCAGUGCUGGACCCCCUGGUGAAACAGGAGCACAAGGGCCUUCAGGCCCUCCUGGCUUUCAGGGUCUUUCUGGUGCCCCUGGCCCACCAGGAGAGAAUGGCAAACCCGGUGAAGCGGGACCCAGUGGUGCGAAUGGGGCUCCUGGGGGCCCAGGUGCAAAGGGUGAAAUUGGUGUUCCAGGAGGGCGUGGUGCACAAGGCUCGCCAGGUCCACAGGGAGCAAGAGGCAACCCAGGCCCAGCUGGUCAAGAUGGAGGCAAGGGUCCUGCAGGCCCCCCUGGCCCUCCUGGCGGUGUUGGCCCAAGUGGUUUACAAGGAAUGCCCGGUGAGAGAGGCGGCACAGGAAACCCUGGACCCAAAGGUGAAAAGGGAGAACCUGGAGGCCCGGGCUCCGAUGGUACACCUGGAAAGGAUGGAAUGAGAGGUCCGACUGGUGCUAUUGGCCCUCCUGGGCCAACUGGCGCUGGUGGUGACAAGGGUGAAGCUGGCCCUGCUGGUGGUCCUGGCCCUGUUGGUGCUCGUGGUAGUCCUGGAGAGCGAGGAGAAACAGGUCCACAUGGUCCUGCCGGUUUCCCAGGAGCACCUGGUCAGCUUGGUGAACCUGGUAGUAAAGGAGAGAGAGGCCCAAGAGGUGAAAGGGGAGAGCAUGGUCCCCCGGGAGGGUCAGGUCCACCUGGUGCUUCUGGCCCAGCGGGUCUGCCUGGUCCUUCUGGAGAAAAAGGAGCCAGUGGUCCGUCUGGUCCACCUGGUACAUCUGGUUUCCCUGGUGAACGUGGUCAACCUGGUCCUCCUGGAGGAAGUGGUAAUUCAGGCCCCCCUGGCCCACCAGGUGCUGUUGGUAAAGUUGGUGCCCCUGGUGCUCCUGGUAACAGUGGCCCGUCUGGCAGUCCUGGUAGCCCUGGACCUAAAGGUGAAGCCGGCCCUUUUGGAGAGAGAGGUCCCCAGGGAAUGGAAGGAAAGCCAGGUAGUCCAGGUCCAAGUGGAUUAUCAGGUUCAGUUGGUCAGAGAGGUUUGGUGGGCCUGCCUGGCACAAUGGGAAGGCCAGGUCCUGCAGGAGUUCGAGGCCCUCCGGGAGAGGAAGGAAAACCUGGCCCUGCUGGGAAUUCUGGUGAGCGAGGUCCACCCGGGUCACCAGGUCCUUCAGGUAUGAGUGGCCCUCCAGGAGAAUCUGGUAAAGAUGGCAGCCCUGGUGCAGAUGGCUCAUCUGGGCGAGAUGGCUUUCCAGGUCCUAAGGGAGAUCGAGGUGCAAAUGGCAAUCCAGGAACUAAUGGUGCUCCAGGACAUCCAGGGCCUCCAGGCCAACCUGGCCAGGCUGGGAAGAAUGGUGAACGAGGAGAAACGGGAGCCACUGGUCCAGCCGGAGGAUCUGGUCCUGCGGGACCUGCUGGCCGUCCAGGCACACCGGGUUCUCGUGGAGACAAGGGUGAGGCUGGCUCGGCUGGUGAGAGAGGCAUCAAAGGUCAUCGGGGGUUUCCUGGCUCUCCAGGAAUGCCAGGACCAUCUGGUAAUAAUGGAGAGCCUGGUUCUCCUGGAAGCCCUGGUUCUAUGGGUUCAAGAGGGCCUUCUGGUCCUCCUGGUCCUCCUGGGAAAGAUGGUCAAAGUGGCUACUCUGGACCCAUUGGCCCACCUGGUCCACGUGGCCAAAGAGGAGAAAGCGGUGCUGAGGGAUCAUCUGGUCCUAGUGGCCCUCCUGGUCUCCCUGGCCCUCCUGGUCUCCCGGGCCCUUGCUGUGGUGGGUCUGAAAAUAUGGGACAAAAUCAGGAAAAAGGGCAAACUUGGUCCCCAUAUUUUGUUGGGGAUCAGGCAGCUGAAGGAAUUGGUAGUGCAGCUGAGAUUGUCGCCACACUGAAAUCGAUCAACAUCCAGAUUGAGAACAUCCUGACUCCAGAUGGAUCAAGGAAGAACCCUGCUCGUAACUGCAGAGAUCUGAAAUUCUGCCACCCUGAAUUUAAGAGCGGAGAAUACUGGAUUGAUCCUAACCAAGGUUGCAAGGUGGAUGCUAUCAAAGUAUAUUGUAAUAUGGAAACUGGCGAGACCUGUGUAAAUGCUAACCCUAGCGAAGUCCCACGCAAAAAUUGGUGGACCAGCAGUGUACAAUCGAAAAAGCAUGUUUGGUUUGGAGAUUCCAUGAAUGGUGGAUUCCAGUUCAGCUAUGGUGAUUCCGACCUCCCAGAAGGCAUUGCUGAGGUUCAGUUGGCAUUCCUUCGCAUUCUCUCCACCUCAGCCACCCAAGAAAUUACUUACCAUUGUAAGAACAGCAUUGCAUAUAUGGAUGCCGAGUCUGCUAAUGUAAAGAAGGCUCUGAAGCUUUUAAGUUUUGCUGAUGCUGAAAUAAAGGCAGAAGGCAGCAGGAGAAUCACAUACAGCGUCUUGGAAGAUGGCUGCACUAGACACACUGGUGAAUGGAGCAAGACUGUCUUCAAGUACAAAUCACGCAAAACAAUUCAUCUUCCUAUCGUGGAUAUUGCACCUAUGGAUAUUGGCGGCCCAGAUCAAGAAUUUGGAGUAGAUAUUGGUCCUGUUUGCUUCUUGUAAAUUCAUUAGGAAACUUUCAUCAGAACAUUAAAACACUCCAUCAGUUCUAUUUUAAUACAUUCUUGACAUCCAGUCCAGUGGGCAAAUUAGCAACUGCUAUUUAUUUUGUAAUUUGCAAAAAAUAAAAUAAAAAAAAAUAACAUGGAUGUGUGAUGUGAAAGGCCUGUCGCUUUUCUCAAAAUUCAAAUGCUUCUGCUAUAUUAAAUAUGGAGAACAUCUCUAUGGUGCUAUGUCAAUAUGUAAUGGCAAAGGAGUGUGUCAUAACAAGUUAUAAAGCACUGAUUAACUACAGCGUCAAACUUAACCAAUUUCUCUUACCAAGAUGAAGUUCAUAGGCAUAACAAGAACAUUCUACAACUACCUCAUCAUGGAUAGAAACUGGGAUAAGUCUGAUGAUCUGAAACUAAACCGUUUUACAGUUAGAAGUAUAUACGUUGUUAAUGUGUAGAAUGCAGAACCAAACACCAUUAACCAGGAGUUAAUGACACGUGUAAUUACAUUUCUUAUAUACUUUUCUUCUAUGUUUAUAAACAGUGCUUCCAUAAGAUUUUCCUUCCACAGCUGGUUAAGACCACUAAAAUGGGGAAGUGUAAAAAUGUGAUGGUGCUAAAAUAUUUUCACGUUUGAGUCUGCAUGACAAUUAUUAGCUAAAAGUAAAAUAAUACAACAUUGUCUUGGUGUAAUUGACCUGCACUGGGAGUCAUCAUCAUAUUUCUAUGCUGUUGCAUUUCACACUGUACGAUUUAUGAUACUAUUAUGUUAUUUGAUAGCUUUAAUGUUUUUAUAUGUGAGACUAUUGGUAUUUUCUAUCAGAUACACACAAAUAAUAAUAAAAAAAAGAGUACAAUAUCUAUAGUGUCCUCAAGUUUGUGAAACAAAAGUAUUAAAACAUUGAUUUUGUAA